AUGGAGACGUCGUCAUGGCUGCUGGAUGUACCGAUGUGCCACCUGCACCCGAAGCCUUUGCUGUCUUGCAAGUUCUGUCGCAAGUAUAAAACCGCUGUACACCAGCAAGCGAAGCUCGCCCAACUGCACGAACGGGCCGGUUUCGGGCAUGAGAAAACAAAUACUCUGGAAAUGACCAAUACUACCUCAUAUAAUCUCAACCCAAUGUUGAAAGAGAAUAUCCUCGUGUCCGAAUAUUACAAGUCAUUAUAUCAGUUUACUACUGUUCCAGAAUUGAUAGACGAAGUAGUGCAGUAUGUGGACCACGUGGAGCCACACGUCACGGGCCACCUCAAAAUACCCUCAACGUUUGCCUGUUGCCUAUACAAGUUGUUCAACUUGCGCUGUACAGAGGACGAAAUGCUGACCAUCACGGAGCACCCCAACUUAUUCGUGCGGACACUGGGCUUUGUGUGGCUCCGGUUUGUGCAUCCGCCGGAGAAGCUGUGGCAGUGGUUCGAGACGGUGGUGCUGGACGACACGGAUUUCCGACCUACCAAGAACCAAACCACAACGUUUGGCGAGUUUGCGGAGUCGCUCCUCAAGGAAGACAGAUACUUCAAUACACCGCUGCCUAGACUGCCAGCGAAGAUUAGAACACACACCAACAAGUUCGUGGUCGUGGACUUCGCGGCGGAGUGGUGCGGUCCAUGCAAACUUCUCAAGCCCGUCUUCGACCAGUUGGCUGAGAAACACACCAACGUCGUGUUCGCUUCUGUCGAUGUGGACCAACUGGAGGAGGUCGCCGAUACUGAAAGCAUCCAGGCCAUGCCCACCAUCAAGCUCUUCGCCAACGGAACCUGUGUGGAAACGGUCGUGGGUGCCAACAAGGACAACAUGGUUGCCGCCGUCGCUAAGCUCAGCGAACAGGCGUCUGGCUAA